GUCAAAAACGGCUGACAUCCAAGGAUGACAGCAACAAAUAAUACGUGGAAGUGAAAAUAACUCACCUUAUCGUAGUUUUGUGUUUUGUUUAACUCCCAAAAAUUCCAUGAAAACAUUCCUGUCGGCUGGCAGAUAGAGUAUAGAAGCGAGGUGCCAACAUGUCCGCAGCCCGGAAACCUACCGACGGUCUGCUGGCGCGCGUCAAUUUCCCACUGUACGCCAUCGAAAUGCUCACCAGUCGACACGUUCUGGUAGCUGGCGGUGGCGGUGCCUCGAAAACGGGUGUUGCGAAUGGAUUUGAAAUCUACGAGAUAUACCACGAUGGGGAAAAGUACGUCGCGGACGAGGUGAUACGGCACGAAACGGGCCCAACGGUUGUGAUGAACUGUGCGGUGAAGAACGACGAAAAGCGAACACUGCUGAUGGCAGGCCAGGAGAGCCACUGCCAAAUGUAUCUCGUAAACACCAUCAUUGAUUCGGGAGAUUACGGCGCCACCUCUCCAAUCACAAACAAAACCGACCCGGAAGGUUUACGCAAGCGGCGAAGCAUUUCCCAGCAACGUUCCAGCCUAGGUGCAAGUGCGCCACCGUCACAGUUGUCUGGUGGUGAUGCGAAAAAAACGGACGACGGUAAAGCGACACCCGCGCCCCGGAAACAGAUACGGUUCGAGAUCAAAACGGCCGACUCAGUGCAGACAGACUUCACCGAGGCAGAACCGCUGCAGCGAGUCGUUCGCAUCAGCCCCAAUGGUCGCCUGAUGGCAACGGGCGGCAUGGAUGGACAUCUGCGGGUAUGGAACUUUCCAAAAAUGACCAUCGCAUCGGAUAUUGCGGCACACACCAAGGAGAUAGACGAUCUGGACUUUAGCCCGGACAGCAAGCAUGUGGUGUCGAUCGCAAAGGACGGACUCGGCGUAAUCUGGUCAAUCAACCCGGAUAAGGAAUCGAAGAAACUCGUCUGGAAUCCGCCCGCCAAUUGUCGCUAUCUGUUGAAACGCUGCCGAUAUGGUUUAGUGGAAGGGCUGAAGGAUAAGUUCCGGCUUUUUACGCUUGCCAAUCCGUUUGCCAAAUCGGGCAAAGCGAAGGGACUGCUGCAGCAGUGGGAUCCGGAAGCGGGACGUAUGACCGGUGUUGUCGAGAUCGACGAAUCGUUGGCUGCGCUAGCGGUACGGGACGACGGACGAUUCGUGGCCAUUGGUACGAUGUUCAGUGGUUCCGUGUCUGUGUAUAUUGCCUUCAGCUUGCAGCGUGUGCUACACGUUCCAAAUGCGCACGCAAUGUUUGUCACGGGCCUGGAGUUUCUGCCGGUAACCAACUUCGAUGGACCGGCCAUUACUGGCGAUACGGAGGCGGCAGUGCUAUCCAUUUCCGUCGACAAUCGCAUCUGUGUUCACAGCUUACCGUAUAGGCAUUCACUGCCUGCCUGGGUGGCUAUUAUCGCGAUCAUCUGUAUAUUGUUUUUAACAUUCUGCUUCUGCUCAUACGUUGGGCUGUAAACUCGAAACUGCCUUCAUAAUGGCCUUGGUGCACCACCGGAGCAUAUUGAGUGAAAUUGGUACCGAUAUGUGCAGUCCGAAGAAGAAUUCGACAUUAUUUAGCAUUUUUUCUACACCCUAGGUGAAAUCCAAUAGCAGCAUUCUGGGGAUGGGCAGGGAGUUAGGAAUCUUUCAAUGGCAAUGCACCCACCACCGUGUAACAACGGCUGCGUAUUAUAAUCGUAAUCUGCGUAUUGUUUCUUUUUUGUUUUGUUGUGUACGCGAAAAUUGCGGAAACUUCUAAUUUAUUUGACUACCAGCAUUGUACAGCAAGAGAUAGGAAAUGAAUAAAUAUACUGUUAAUUGUGUGGCUAUAGGAACAAAA